AUGUUGUCCAUCAACUUUUCGACCCCCCUCGCCGGGGCUGCUCGUUCUGAAAGGAUCAAGCAGAUGACCAACAAUCACCCUGCCUUUGCAAAGGCCCGCGCCUCUCAGGAGAUUCUCGUCAAGAUCCAGACGUCUCUUCGUCGCAUGCCUGGCGUCUCCUCCAAGGAGUCCAACGAGAUCGUGUCGCAGCUCCAGGAAGUUGGACAGAUCGUCAGCACUGAGACGAGCCAGCUUGUCGAUGCGCUCAUGAACCUGACGCUCGACGCUGAGGACACGGACAAGGCCAUCGCGCGCAUGAGCAUCGAGGCCAACCUCGCAAAGGCUGAGGCCGAUGACCAGAACCACACCAUCAGCAACCUCCGCGUUGAGCUGGCCAACGAGAAGGGUAAGCGCCAGGAGGCUGAGGCCGAGGUUGCCAAGGUCAUGGAGGACUUGCAGAACCUCACUCGUGAGUUCAAGUCAUUCAAGGAAAAGGAGGGCGGCUCCGAGGACUCCAAGUCCAAGUCUCCCGACCGUGAUGGAAUGAUCAAGCAGCUUGAAGAUACCAUCAAGCAUCUCGAGGAUCAAGUCAACAGCCGACGAUCCCUCUGGGUCAUGAAGAACCCCAGCCCCGACUCUGUGGCCCGCGUCAUCGAGACCAUCGCCGACGCCUGUCCAAACAAGGACGUCGUCCACAAGUCCAUCAUGUCGCUGCGCCCCGAGGGUCGUGACGAGGCUGACUCGCGAGACACCAAGGAUCUCUCCCACGUCUUUGGCGACCUCUCGAUGCAGCCUCAUCGUCCUCCUACCGGCUUCCAGCCUGGCCGCCCUUCUUCUGUGGCUCCUCCUCGAUUUGGACCUCAUGGACUGCCUCCCCGUCCUACAUCUACCAUGCCCAACGAGCGUCGAUACGGCCAGUGGGCUCCCCCGACCCCAGCCCAGUCUCGCUUUGGGCCUUCUCCUAUGAACCCCAUGAACCCUAUGAACGGCCCCGGUCCUAUGCCUGGCCCUAUUCAGCCUCCCAACUUUAACCGGGCUCCCUCUCGACGAGGCUUCAGCAAUGGCACUUAUCGCCCCAAUGCUCCCGAGUUCUACCCUCAGUCGUACACUCACCCUGACAAGAGCUUCCCUCGUCACGAUGCUGGUCCCUAUGGCCAUGGCCAGCGCCGCGACUUCUUCCCUCCUACUCCCUCCAACACGCGCAACAAGUACAGCCGCUUCCGCGAUCCCAUCUCGCCCGACUUCACGGCUCCUCCUGGUGCGCUGACCACCCGGCCUCCUUUCCCUGGUCCUCUCAUCCACAUCACCGAGAUGACCAUCGCGGCCUGGAACGAUCAGAUGAUGGAGCUGUACACUGUUAUCCGUAACUUUGUCGAGAACAAUGCCAACCUACCCACUUACAUCAAGCCAACUGACCUCUCUCAGACCCGAGUCUGGCCUGUCCUUCUGGCCACCUACCACCCUCUGAUGGAGCAAGAGGCUGUCUCUUACCUCGAGUACCAUCUCAAGGAAGAGAGUUCCAAGUCGUGCCUCGUCACUCGUGUUGUCGUCGACUACAUUGUCAACCGCGUCUGGGUUCCCCGUGCUUGGGCUGGUGCCGACAAUGAUGCCACCUACGGCCUCCUCGAGGUUGAGAAGGAUCUCGAGCGAACUCAGGGCCAGCCAGCUGCUCAUCGUCAGCCUAUCCUCGACCGCCAGGCCAGCCUGAUCGACUCUGUCCUCAAGCUGGACCAGUACCCCCAGUUCAGCAAGGUCCGCUGCGACGAGAUUGCCGACAUGCUCAUCAGCAUGGUCCAGCCUCUCCUCAACCCCGGUGUCAACCCGGCUACCACCUACCGCGACCUCGAGGCUGUUGCCGCCUCCGCCUGGGCCCUGUCGAGCCGCAUCCUCAGCAGUCGCCUGACAUUUGACUUCCGGUUCCCCGAGGUUGGUAGCCGCUUCUCGUGCCAGUCCAUGGUGCCCAUCUGGCCCAACAUGGACCCCAUGGAGCUUCAGGCCAAGCACUGGCGUGUGGCCCUCGUUACCACGCCUGUCAUCACCUGCCGCAACGAUACUGGCGCCAACAUCUCGGCUCACUCGGUCUCACUGGCUGAUGUGGUCUGCAUGCAGUAA